AUGACGUCUGUGCCGGUCCAUCAGCUGGCUAAAAUCACGAUUAACCGUUCGAAAAAAUGGAGUUAUUGGCACAGUAUUGGCACAGAGCCCCUGUUCUACAAGACCUUGGGACAAUGUGUAGACGAAGCUGCUGAAAAAUUUGGAGACCGAGAAGCUUUCGUUUCUAUACACGAAGGUGUAAGGUUCAGUUUUAAAAAUAUUCGGGAUCAAUCCGAUAAAUUAGCUGCAGGACUUUACGCCAUUGGAUUAAGACCUGGCGAUAGACUUGGCAUCUGGAUGCCCAACUACUCUCAGUGGUAUUUGACCAUGAUGGCAGCAGCUAAAGCCGGGUUGAUAUUGGUCGGACUGAACCCUGCUUACCAAGUUCUAGAUCUGGAAUACUGUCUCAAGAAAGUGGAGAUCAAAUGUAUUAUAACUCAACGUGAAUUUAAAACCCAACAUUUUUAUGAUAUUUUGAUCAAACUUAUAUCAGAAUUAAAUUACUGCGAACCCGGAAAAUUGAAGAGUGCUAAAUUUUCACAUCUGACAACAGUAGUUGUUGUUGAUGAUGGCCAACUAAAGGGCUGUUACAAAUUUCAAGAUAUUUUUUCUAUAGUUUCUCCAGAAUCUGUUCAAGAAAUAUCAAAACUCAAAGAAACAAUCCACCCUGAUCUACCGUUAAAUGUACAAUUUACAUCUGGUACUACUGGUCAGCCAAAAGCUGCUUGUCUAAGCCAUUUCUCUUUUGUUAAUAAUAGCUACCAAACUGGUAAAAUUUAUAAAAUUGGAGGCAAAUUGAAUAAAAUAUGUGUGGCAGUACCAUUUUUUCAUGCUUAUGGUAUCGCAUCCAUUAUAUGCACUUUAAUGCAUGGUACAAUUUUGGUUGUACCUGGUCCUAUUUACAGUGCCGUGCAUUGUUUAGAAGCGAUAGUUAAGGAAAGAUGUACAAUAACUCACGGAACUCCAACAAUGUACGUGGACAUGAUUGCUACCCAGAAAAAAAUGCAAUAUCCUUUGGACAGUUGGGAGGUUGCUGUCACUGCAGGUGCUCCUUGUUCACCAAGUCUAGUAAAACAAAUGAUAAAUGAUCUUAAAAUUAAUGAAGUCAUGGCCGCAUAUGGUCUGACAGAAGGUACUGCUGUUAUCCUCCAAACUUUACCUGGGGAUGGUGUUGAUAAAUUAACAGACACUGUUGGCUAUGUGCAAGAUCACCUGGAAGUUAAAAUUGUUAAUGAAAAGGGGUAUGUUGUACCUUUUGGUCAACCUGGUGAAUUAUGUGUACGUGGAUACUCAACCAUGCUGGGGUACUGGAAAGAUGAGGACAAAACUUUGGAAAUAUAUGGGAAAGAUAAAUGGUUAAAAACUGGCGAUCAGUUCAUUUUGCGAGGAGAUGGUUAUGGUUGCGUAGUUGGAAGAUACAAAGAAAUGAUUAUUCGUGGAGGUGAAAAUAUAUUUCCAAAAGAAAUUGAAGAUUUUCUCAACACACAUCCUGAUAUAAUAGAAGCAAAUGUGGUCGGUGUACCAAACGAGCGUUUAGGUGAAGAAGUUUGUGCCUUCAUAAGAGUCGAAGAGGGGAAGAAAGUGGAUAAAGAAAAAGUGAAACAAUUUUAUAAAGAUAAAAUUGCAUAUUUUAAAAUACCAGAAUAUGUUAUACAAAUUGAUGCUUUUCCCAAAACUGCUUCGGGCAAGGUUCAAAAAUUUAAACUACAAGAAAUUUAUAGCAUCCAACAAACAACCCCUAAAAAUGCAAGUUAUUGGCAUAAUAUUGGCUCUGAGCCUUUAUCCUACAAAACCUUGGGACAAUGUGUGGAUGAAGCUGCUGAAAAAUUUGGAGACCGAGAAGCACUUGUUUCUCUACAUGAAGGAUUGCGAUAUAGUUUUAAAGAUAUUCGAGACCAAUCUGACAAAAUAGCUGCAGGAUUUAAUUCCAUUGGAUUAAAACCUGGUGAUAGACUUGGAAUAUGGAUGCCUAACUAUUCGCAAUGGUAUUUGACCAUGAUGGCAGCUGCCAAAGCUGGACUGAUAUUAGUAGGAUUAAAUCCUGCAUACCAAGUUCUCGAGAUGAAGUACUGUUUACAAAAAGUGAAUAUUAAAGCCAUUGUAACGCAAAGUCAAUAUGGUAAACAGAAUUUUUAUGAUAUACUUGUUAAACUGGCUCCUGAGUUGCAACAAUGCGAACCAGGAAACUUGCAAAAUGCUGAAUUUCCACAUUUGAAAUCAAUUAUAAUAGCUGAUAAAGAUGAUCAUAAAGGAACUUUUAAGUUCCAAGACAUCUCCUCGCUUGCCACAACCAGCUCAAUAAAAGAAAUAUCAACCCUUAAAUCAACUAUAGAACCAGACUCACCUUUCAACAUCCAAUUCACGUCUGGAACAACUGGUCAACCCAAAGCAGCUUGUUUAAGCCAUUUUCCACUCGUCAAUAACGGAUACUUUAUGGGAAAAAGAUACAGGAUUUCGGAAAAACAUCAUAAAAUAUGUGUUUUGGUUCCAUUUUUUCACGCAUUUGGUAUGGCUGCAACUAUUUGUCCUGCACUACAACAUGGUGCAACUUUGGUUUCACCAAGUGCAUCUUAUAAUGCAACCAGCAGUUUGAAAGCCAUUGCUAAAGAAAAGUGCACAAUUUCGCACGGGACACCUACAAUGUACGUAGAUAUGAUCUCUAAACAAAAAGAACUAAAUUGUUCCCUGGACAGUAUGGAAUACGCCGUCACUGGCGGAGCUGCCUGUUCUCCAAACUUAGUCAAACAAAUACUUGAAGAACUAAAAGUCAAAGAAGUUCGAGCUGCAUAUGGGUUAACAGAAAGUACUGCAGUUAUUUUCCAAACUUUUCCCAAUGAUACCAUUGAUAAAAUUACUGACACAGUAGGUCAUGUGCAAGAUCACCUGGAAAUAAAAAUAAUUGACAAUAAAGGACAAGUUGUGCCUUUUGGACAAUCUGGUGAAUUAUGUAUUCGAGGAUACGUCAACAUGUUAGGAUAUUGGGAAGAUGAAGAAAAAACUAAGGAAAUAUAUGGCAGGGAUAAAUGGUUGAAGACUGGGGAUCAAUUCAUAUUGCAUAAAAACGGCUAUGGAAGCAUUAUAGGAAGAUUUAAAGAAAUGAUUAUAAGAGGUGGUGAAAAUAUCUUUCCAAAGGAAAUCGAAGAUUUUCUUAACACACAUCCUGACAUAUUGGAAUCACAUGUAAUAGGAGUUCCCAGUGAACGUUUAGGUGAAGAAAUUUGUGCUUUUGUACGAGUCGACAAUGGAAAGAAAAUUACUAGAGAUAUUGUAAAAGAAUUUUGUAAAGAUAGAAUAUCACAUUUUAAAAUUCCAAGGUAUAUUUUACAAGUUGACUCUUUUCCCAAAACCGUAUCAGGAAAAAUCCAGAAAUUUAAGUUAAAAGAAAUGUUUUUAAAUGUUUAA